AACCUUUGGGAGAAGGCCAGUCUAUGUCAGCGGGAUCAUGGGGUUUCAGUCAAGUUCGGUUAUGGAUACGUGCAUGUAGUUUUGUUCGCGUUUGCGACAGGAUUUUGCAGGCCAGCUGGAAGUCAGGGUUUGGUUGUUGGAGCAAUUUUUGUUUUGCUCUACUGGUCUAAUAGCCUAAAUCAUUUUUUUUAAUGAUCAGUUCGUAAACGUAGAAACUAAAUUGAAGAUUGGUUUCGAAGUAAAUUUGCAUUAGGCCUUCAGUUUGUUGGUUAUGAAGUGACUUGGCUCUACUCUGCAUUGGAAUAUUUCAUUCUUGUAGACUUUUUUCAAGGGUACAGUAGUUUAAAUUUUCUAAUUAUAUUUCCAAAAAGUCUACAAACAUUUCAUUCACCCAAAGUGAAUUGAGGAAAAACUUUCUUACAAAUAAUUAAUGGAGUGUAUAGUGCUAUAAUGUUAAUUAAUUAAGAAAAUAUAAUCUAGAAUGGAUUUUAAUAUCUGAUACUUUAUUAGUGUUUAAACAAAAGUGCCUGAAUUAUUAUACAAGAUACAGUGCAAGACAAAGCACAUGAAAGUUGUGCUGUAAUAUUUGUGUAAUAAUAUUCUAUAAGUGGGUCAUGUCAUACUGUCAGUGUUGACAAGUGAUUCUCAGUGCUGGCUGCAGUUUCAGGAAGUUGGACAGCUUCUAAGGAAUACAUUCAUUUAUAAUUUUAAAGGUACUUUGUUGGACUAUUAUGCUGACCGAAAUACGUUCAUGUCAACUAUUCCUUUAGUUAGAAGAUAGGGGGACGGCAAGGUGAGGGUGGCCGGAUGGUGACGACGACGUGAUAGGGUGGGUAGGGGGGAGGGGCAGAAUGGGCGCCAGCAUGGGCAAGAAUGCCUCGCUGCUGGACGCACUGCCCACAGGGGGAGGCACACUCCACGUGGUCAUGUUGGGCCUCGACUCGGCCGGCAAGACCACCGCCCUCUACCGGCUCAAGUUCGACCAGUACCUCAACACUGUGCCCACCAUCGGAUUCAACUGCGAGAAGGUGAAAGGCACCACCGGCAAAGCCAAGGGCAUCAGCUUCCUCGUCUGGGACGUCGGCGGUCAGGAAAAGCUGCGUCCUCUCUGGAAAAGCUAUACCAGGUGUACAGACGGCAUAGUGUUUGUGAUAGACAGUGUGGACAUUGAGCGCAUGGAGGAGGCGAAGAUGGAGCUGCAGCGAACAGUGCGGUCGCCGGAGAACGCGGGAGUGCCGAUCCUCAUCCUGGCCAACAAGCAGGACUUGCCGGGCGCCAAGGAGCCGCGCGAACUCGAAAAGUUGCUCGGGUUGCACGAGUUGGGUGGCGGCUCAGGACACGUGUGGCACAUCCAGCCCGCCUGUGCCAUCACCGGCGACGGACUGCACGAGGGCAUGGAGGCCCUGUACGAGAUGAUACUCAAGCGGCGCAAGCUCGCCAAGCAGUGCAAGAAGAAGGCCAGAUAACUCGAACGUCGCUGCAGUCACCAACCGUUUAUUGUAUUAUACCACUGCUGAAGAUGAGAGUAAGAAUAAUAACUGUUAUUGUUGUGUAUAGCAACUUUUUAUGACAGGGAGAGGUGAUAAUAUAAAAAUAAUCGAUAAAAUGGUGUACUAUGUACAACAGUUGUAUACUGAGGUACUAAAUUAUUCUAUGUACAUCAAUGUAACGUUGCGGUAACAAGCUAUAAUAUUAAGUUACUGUACAAAGUUUUACUAUGUACACCAAUGGUAUAGCAACAGUGAUAUAUACUAAGGUACUAGAUGUUACAUUGUGGUAUCAAGCUAUAUUACGGUACUGUACAAAGUUGUACUAUGUACACCAAAGGUGGGUACUACGUAAAGUAACUGAUGACACGUCCUAUCUGCCAUAUUGAGGUAGAAUGAGUUAACAUUGAUUGGUACCGCUUAUACAGAAAACUGAUGUAAUAAUAAAUAAUUUAAUUCUUUUUUCGAUUUACAGAAGACCGCAAAUGUCGACUUCUCCACUUAUGAAGUCAUAUUAUUAAUGGAAUAAUUUAAAAACAUUUUACACUGUGGAAUGAUUCAUAAUGCAAAGCAUUAUACAACAAAUAUAUUACACUUAUGAAACACUAGAUCAUACUUUUUCCAUUUAUAAAAUUUACAUUAAAAAUAAACUGGAUUCUCAUCUCCUUCAGAUAUCAGACAAAGAAUAAGCGGGAUUAAGCAUGCUCGAACUCCGGUUAUUGAGCAUAAUAUUCAAGAACCUUGGGUGGAAUCUCUUCGAUUCAACUUAUACUCAAAUCUGCCUGCAUCUAAUCCAUGCACUUGAUUUGCUCUUUCUCAUAGCUAUACAUAUUAAAAGCGUGAAACUCAUCCUUGGGUUUCACCAAAUUUCUUUUCUGGUCUAAGCUUUCCACAAUAGUGUAAGGGAUUGCAUUUGUUGCUUCUACUACAGUCAAAUAUGUGAGAAUAAAUUUUUUAUAAUGUUGCUCCGGGGACAAAACAAUAGACUUGGUAUCCCUGUAAAUAUUAAUUUCGAUGGCCACCUCGUUAGCUGGCCGUACCCACCUUGUCUUGCAACGACAUGGUCAAGUGAGUACAAAUCCACUUUUCGACAUUCUAGAAUAGGGGUCUUCAGUACUGAGCCUCUCAGUUCAAAAAACUUGGCAAGUCUACCCAAGAAAAUCGCUUUGCUUUUGACCAAUACUUCGAUCCUGUUCAGAUGUUGUGAUUUGGUGGUGAACUGGAAGCUGUCAACAGGUAGCGAAAAAGGAAAAGUAGUUCCCUCUAGUACUGUUUUGCAAAUCCCAAAUUGCUCUGCUGAAGGCCUGAUAGAAUUAAUGUAAGCUGUUGGAUCCGAGAAUCCUACUAUUGUCGGAUGAAAAGUCGGCGCUUCAAGUGGUUUAUUGAAUUUGGAAGGAUUCUCAGAGUUCAGGGCAGGAAUUCUAGCAACCAAUUACUGAGCUUUCAAACACUGCUCAAAGCAUGUUCUUGCGAAAAAUGCUGUGGAAUCACCCUUCUCCAUAAUUUUUUAAAUCAAUAAUAGGUAAACCAAUUAAUUAUAGAUACACCAAUUACAGUUUCGCCCAUUGAGGGAGUGUUUGUGAACACCGAAAAAUCAAAGCAUCAUCACAACUUGUCAACUAAUGUACAGAGUUGAAGAUUGAUAAAUUGUCCCUAGAACAGGAAUCAGGCUUGCUCAGUUGAUGUUCUACUUUGUCCGAUAUCUGAAAAAGACAUGGCUUGAUGAGAUUCCUUUCUUUUUUAAUUUAUAAAAAAGGUUCUUAUUAAAAGAAUUAUAUUCAUGUGAUGCAAAAGUGUCAUUUUUCUGUAUAGUGCUAUACGUCUAUGUUAUGAAUCUUUCCACACAACGUUUUGUGUAGUUCAAAUUUUUUAUUUUUUAUUCUUUUAUUGUCUUGUGGAGAAUUCUUUCAAAAUUUUGAAUUUUGUUUUCAGAUAACCUCGUAUCUUUACUUUAAUGCUAGCUGUCUUGUGGCUGUUGAACAAAUAUAGGUAACAAUAAUCAAUAAAAGUUUCUCGAUUAUGUUUCUAAUUAUGUUAAUGUGUUAACACGAUCAAAGUUCAUUGAGUGAAACAAUAAUUAAAGUAUACUGAACAUACAAUAAUUCGAUAAUGGCCGAAAAACAAUGGAGAAGGGUGAUUCACAGCAUUUUUCGCAAGAACAUGCUUUGAGCAGUGUUUGAAAGCUCAGUAAUUGGUUGCUAGAAUUCCUGCCCUGAACUCUGAGAAUCCUUCCAAUUCAAUAAACCACUUGAAGCACCGACAUUUCAUCCGAAAAAAGUAGGAUUCUUGGAUCCAAUCGCUUACAUUAAUUCCAUCAGGCCUUCAGCAGAGCAAUUUGGGAUUUGCAAAACAGUACUAGAGGGAACUACUUUUCCUUUUUCGCUACCUGUUGACUGCUUUCAGCUUCAACCACCAAAUCACAACAUCUGAACAGGAUCGAAGUAUUGGUCAAAAGCAAAGCGAUUUUCUUGGGUAGACUUGCCAAGUUUUUUGAACUGAGAGGCUCAGUACUGAAGACCCCUAUUCUAGAAUGUCGAAAAGUGGAUUUGUACUCACUUCACCAUGUCGUUGCAAGACAAGGUGGGUACGGCCAGCUAACGAGGUGGCCAUCCAAAUAAAUAUUUACAGGGAUACCAAGUCUAUUGUUUUGUCCCCGGAGCAACAUUAUAAAAAAUUUAUUCUCACAUAUUUGACUGUAGUAGAAGCAACAAAUGCAAUCCCUUACACUAUUGUGGAAAGCUUAGACCAGAAAAGAAAUUUGGUGAAACCCAAGGAUGAGUUUCACGCUCUUAAAAUGUAUAGCUAUGAGAAAGAGCAAGUUUAGUUUAGUUUCGGUUUUGAUUAGUUUUCUGUCACAUUGCUCACACUGUGAUGAUCCAAAGGUGUCUGGAUGUGUAUAAGAAUGUCUAUGCAUGUUUUAUUGAUUAUAAUAAAGCCUUUGAUAAAAUAUGUCACAAGCCAUUGAUGAAGAUUUUAGAUGAAGCAUGCAUUGAUAGAUACAAGGGACACUCUUAUAAUCAAAAAUCUGUACUUCAUCAAAGAGCAGAAAUUCGAGUCCAAUCAAAGACCAGUCGAGAGCUUGCAAUAAAGCGUGGAGUCCGUCAAGGAUUUGUACUCUCACCACUCUUGUUUGAUGUUUAUCCUGAACAUAUCAUAGCAGAAGCUCCAGAAGCAGCGGACAUUGUCAUCAAUGGUACCCUUAUAAAUAACAUAUGCUAUGCAGAUGACACCAUACUCCUUGCUGAAAGCAUAGAAGACCUGCAGAGAAUGCUGAGCAAUCUGAUGAAAGCUAGUGAGGAAUAUGGGUUCACAUUAGAUUCCAAGAAGACAAAGUCGGCCCGUGGCUCUUGAGGUCAGGACCCGACUGUUGAAGUGCUAUGUGUUCUUUUGUAUGGGUUGGAAGCAUGGACACUGAAUAAAGAAUAUGAGGCCAGACUCCAGGUAUUUGAGAUGUGAACCUAGUGGCGUAUACUCCGUAUAUCUUGGACAGGUAGUCACAAAUGUAGAGGAUCUCAGAAGCAUUGGUAAACAAGUCUGCGUGACAUUCAGAUCAGGAAGUUGACAUACUUUGUGCACAUUAUGAGAUGACCUAAGUACGUGAUUUUGCACCUCACAAUGCAUGUUAAACGUUGUUAAGCGUUCAGUGGGACGUAGAAGAAUGUCUUGGUUGAGAAACCUGAGGGAAGCAUUCAACUGCACGUUAUAGGGUCUCUUCUGAGCAGCAUUAAACAAAGAAAGCUAGAAUUGCCAUGAUGGUAGCCAACAUCCAUAAUGGAGAAGGUACCUGAAGAAUAGAAGUUUUGGUCUCUCUUUGCCUGAUAUCUGAAGGAGAGUCAUGUCUAGAUGAGAAUCUCAUCUAUUUUCAAAUAUAAUUCUAAUCAUGAUAUGAAUCAAAUUAAUUUAAAAAAUCAUGAUUCUACAGAAACGUGUUACUGUUACAUCAGUUUUCUGCAUUUUUGGAUGUAUCUUGUGUAUAUUGGCAUUACACUGUUUGUUCAAAAAUAUCAAUUUAAUUCAUUUGUCCAAAUUCUCUAUUGACUGUACCAUUGCAAUCUAUUUUAAAAUGUGAAUAAGGAAAUAUCAUUAAUUUUUUCGUAUGUUCAUCUUAUGAUACAUAGAUAAACAAUACUGUAUUUUACUCUACUAGAAGUUGUUUUUUAAAUACAUUCAUGAGUUCAAGGGCAAUUCAAUUUGUGAUGCAAUAAUUAAUUUUUCUUUCUGCUUGACAACAAUGAUUCUAAUGUAUCGUAUUUUAUUCUCAAACAGCACUCCCAGAUCAAUGACAUCCAUCUCGGUUCAUCCUCUGAAACCAAGACCUACGUAAUAUUAUGAUUAUUGAUGGUACGGUUCUUUCCCCCUAUAUUUUCGUGCAUCAAUAGUCGUGACAACAUACCUAUGAAUACCUGUUGGUUUAUUGUCCUCAGUCAUUUUUUACCAGCCUUGAUACUGUUUUCUAUCGCUGGCAUUGUAAUAUUCCUACUUAUACAUUUUUACUGAAUAUUUCGAACCAUCUUCUCUGAUUUUGUCGUUGGUAUUUUUUGGGUGUAUCACCCUGUAAGUUCAGAGUACAAUAACAAGUUGACUAGAAUAAUUAAUUUGAACUCUAUUCAAACUAGUCUUUGCAUUAAGUGCUGACAGUAUGUUUCUUAUUCUACAAAUUAUUGAUUCUGUUUCCAACAUUUUUUUAACAAUAAAGUUGUAGCUCUCUUUCCCAAAGAAUUCCAGAUCAAUAUUUGAUCCGUAGGAUGUGAAAUGAUAAGAUAAUAAAAUCCAGCAACACGGAUUGAAUACAGAUUGCCUAGAGAAGUGGGACAGUGUUUACUCUGAUGCUCUUUCAGUCCCUGUUUAGAUUGCCUGUAGUUAAGUGAACGGUAACUAAUAAAGCGGAGAUUAUUGUUGUUAUGUUCAGCUUCAGCCAGAUCAGGUAUGCUGAACUACUGCUAGCUCACUUAAGACCUGAAUACUUCUUGUCUUGCUCAGCUGUGUAUUCCUUACUAAAAACUGCUAGAUGGAUGGAUAAAAAAGAAAAGUCUUAAAAUAUUAAGCAUGAAUAAUAUGACGCUGUAUAAAUGAAAAUUUGUGUAUUAAUUUCUUACUGUGACUUUUUACAUUGUCAACGUAUGAAAUACAUUGAUAUGUAUUACAUUAGCAUAGUAGCGUCAUAGUGAGACAUAUAUAUUAUGUUUUUGUUAUCUUAAACAUGAAUUAAUUCAUAUGAUGGUAAUCGCUUAUCAAUUCUAUUCAAUUUUCUGCUAUGCCCUCAGGUAAUGAUUGAUAAAAAUGUAGUUGACUCAAUCAUGAGAUGCGGUAGCGUUGUAAUAGAUGAUCAAUAUUCUCAUGUACUUUCAACUUCCUUAUCAACUGAUGAUUUAAUUUGAACAAACAGUGUAGAAGCCAUUGAAUGAAUGUUGGCAGCUAGACUAAUAUUCUGUAACGGCCUACCUCAAUGUGAACAUCUUAUUUUAGGCCAAAAUCAGCUCUCGUAAAGUCAAAGAGAAAUUAGAUUAAAAUUUUGUAUAUUUUGUAGUAAGUUCAAUUAUUAUUUGCCUGUAUAUUUUGUAAAUUUUGUCUAUUUUCAUAAAAGUGUUUGAUAAUAACUAAUGAGUGGCUUAGAUCACUUGCAAAUUGUGUUCCGUGGUAUAUUUUCAAAAUAAUGAAUAACACUAUAUUUUGGUGUCGCACUCAGAAAUAGUAGAACAUGGAUUGUGCUUGUUGAAUAUUGUAUUUUAGGACUGUAUCUUGUGAAUUCAACUGCCGUUGAUCCUUCUUGGUUGCUAAGCUAUGAAAUAUUGGAAAACAUGUCUGGAGGUUUCUUUUUGGAGUCUUUCAUAAAUUAUCAAGUAAGGUGUAUAUGUAAUUUUAUAUUAUUCAGAACCGUUCUCUCAAACGGAUACUGCCAUAAAUCAUGGUGAAAACGAUUCAGCACUUAGAGUAGCUCAUGGAAACAGUUUAUCCCUGUUCAAAAAUCUUCCCAGUAGAUUUUAGUUCUAUUACUUCCGUAUACUGUAAAUUAAAAUAGUAAUAUUCAUGUUACUUGGCUCGAGGUGCUACGUGAAUUUUAUUAUUUUUUUAGUUCAUUUAUAUAUUUUAAUCAAUAUUAUCUUGUUUAUAAUUUAUUAUAUUUAGAUAAUUAAACGUUUCCACCGAUUAGUCAAUACCUUUUUGCGGAGGAAUUUUGUUUUUCUCGGCAUAUUUGAAAAUAUGUUUGAUUGUAUCCAGUUUAAGGUGUAUGAUGGUUACGUUACGUUCAUGUUAUCGCUACCACUGACAGACUUCCUUCCAAUGUUCUUCCAGCUAUCAGUUGUGAAGUGGGGUACACAAGUUUGAGUUACAGAUCAAAAAUAAUCAGGUAUUGUAAUUCAACUUUAAAUGCUAUGUGCAGUGAUAAUGAUCUUGUAAACAGUUUAUAUAUUAAACUUAGUUUUUAUAUUAAAAUUGGUAAUCUAUUCUGUCAUCUAAUAUCAUGAAAAUUUAAUUGAUAAAUCUACAUAUUUGUUCUGAAUUCUAUCAUUUCCAUAAUACAUAAGCUACAGUAUAAUUGAGUACAACCAAAGAAACGAAUAAUAUUAUCAUUUACCAUGGUAUUUUGUUAGAGCCAAUAUUAAGCUAAUAUUAAGUGUCUAAACAGUACUUCUACAAUUUUUUCAAUAAAUGCAUUUUCUUCCAUAAUAACUGACCGAAUUUGAUAAACCAAUCUUAUUUAUGUAAAUAUUAUUGUUUUUCACAGUUUACAUGAACAUAACUGUUUAGUUUGAGUAAACUAUCUUCCUUGAAGUUUACUGUAGAAAUUGUUUAUUUGGGCUAAUUUGAAAGCAAGGCAACUAUUAAGAAUUUAAUAAAUAUCAAAUAUUAGAAAAAAGUCGAUCAUUGUGAAUUUCGUAAAUGUUUUUCUUAACCUUUUACAUUGGAUUAAAUCAUUGUUAUCCUCCCAGUUUUGUACAUAAAAUUUCUGUACAUAGAAUAACUAUCGAAUACAAUGUUGAGAGUAAUCGCCUUCUCGUGUGUGUUAUGUAAAUUGUUAACUUAUUGAGUAUUGGUGUAAAUUUCUUUACAGAAGUUACCGCAUUCUAACUUCUUCUGGAGUAUAGUGUAUCCCCUCUUGUUUUUUGUGUAUCUUUCUGUUUGAUACUGAUUGUUGAGUGUUAUAUUCUAUUAUACGACUCUGUAUGAAUUUGAUGUGUGUUGGAAGUGGUUCUUAUGCUAACCUUUUUUGUCGUAAUUAUAUUACCUAGUCCAUUAUUUUAUGUGUGCUAUUCUUCAUUUUAUGUUCUACUAUCUAUGUUUUCCUUGUUCUGCAAUAUUAUUUCAAAAUUCCUGAGAUUUUAUUUAUUAAGUACACGUUAUCCUUCCAAUGCAUAAUCAUUAUAGUCAUGUAUGUUUAAUCUUGAAACAAGUGUCUUAUAGUUUCUACCUUAAAUUUUAAUACUUCUCUAAUGAAACUAUUUCUUCUCCAAAACGCUGUACUAUGAUUGGCUUAUCUAAUACAGCAUCUCGUGAUAUGUAUUCUUGUUUCUCUAAUUGUUAAGGACUCAUUGUUGCCAUGAUAUAUUUACUAUCGUCAUUAUUAUUACUACUUCUACUGAAUUUAUUGUCAUUAAUGUAAUAAUUUUAAUUGUUGUUGUUUUAUGGGAUGAAACGUAUAUGAUAUAGUAAAAAGACAAGAUAUUAAUUUAUAUUUGAAAAGAGUAAUUCGUGUUAGUGCAUACCGACUGACAAAUUCGCACUUAUAUCAUUGAUAAUAAAUUGAUAGAACAUAUUAAUGAAUGAUUAUUGUAUGUAAAUAGGUUUUUAUAUAAAAGAUUAUACAUAAUGAAUGUAGCAAAUACAACGCCCUUUUACUGAAAAAA